UUAUCUUAAACUUCUGUUUCAUUUUGUAGCUACGUGCGGGGAUUGCUUUUUUUGCCACAAUGAAUAACAAAUUUGUCCUAGUUUCCGCAAACUAGAUCCGCGUUUUGACCUGAUAGUUGUUAGUGAAACUUAAUAAGAUACGUGAAAGAAAAUAAACAUGGCAAACGAUUACUUGAAAAGUAAAUGGCGACUAUGGUUCAGGCUAUAUGAUGUAAAACAUAAAAACAAACUUUCAGGAGAGGACGUAAAAGAAAAGGAGGAAAGAUUUGCUGCGAUUAACCAUUUGGAUCCAGAGCAAAAGAAAAAGGUUAUUGAAACAAUGGACAAAUUGUUGUCAGAAAACGUAUUCUAUGGAAAACCUGGUCCAAUUACUGAAGAUGAGUUUGUUGAAAUGCAGAACGACGACUUCAAGGCCGACAAAGAUAAAUAUGUCGAAAAAAGAAGAAAAUAUUUUACCACAGUGUUUAGCAUGGUAGAUUUAUGUGGAGAGGGUAUUACAGAAGAAGAGUUUGUGAAUGCCUUUAAGGCAUUAGGCCAUGAUAAUGUGUCUUUAGACAAGAAGUUCUUCCAUGAUUUUAAGCCAGUUGAUGGAAAGAUUCCAAGGAGCGUCUUCGUAGAUGCUUUGGUUCAGUUUACAACUUGCGAAGACAGUUCAAAAGAAGACCUUGUGAAAACUGGUCUGGAGUCAGGUGUCUGAUUGUGAUCUUUGCGGACAUAAAAUAUAGUUAGAUUACAUACCUUUGAAAGGAACGUUUCAGACAAAUUAUUUGUUCAUUUAAAGAUU